UAUUUUGCUACUUAAUGUAGUGUUACUAAUUUAUAAAUUUAGAAAAAGUUUUAUUGUGUGGAUGUGAUCAUGAAAGGAAUCCUGGUCCAGUUGGCGUCAGUGCUUAUUUUGGGUAUAGGAGCCUUCAUAGGAGCGUAUUCGUUGACAUGGGUGUCUUACACCGCACCUUUGCUGGAGAGCGAGGCUUCUCCCCUCGGGGUUGUGAUGACGAAGAGCCAGACCAACGUCAUGACGUCUGUGGUGACCCUGGGAUCCAUGGUGGCUGCUCUUACUACUGGACAGCUGCCUGAGCUGGUGGGGAGAAAGAAGUCUGAGCUGUUCUGUGGACUAUUAUGUGUCCUCUCCUGGGCAUUGAUCGCGUCAGCCCACUCCGUCACUCAAAUAAUCAUAGCUCGAUUCAUACUGGGCUACGGAGUCGGCAUCCACUUGGUAGUGGUCUUUACCUACAUCAAUGAGAUCUGCCAGGCCUUCAUCAGGGGGACUAUGGCCUCGAUACCGCUCUUUACAUUCUCCAUUGGGGCUCUGGUGUCUUACAUCACCGGAUGGGUGUGCAGCUAUGACGUCAUCAUCUAUCUGAAUCUGUCAGUGUGUGUGCUGUUUGUUUUGUUACUGACUCUUAUGAAGGAGAGCCCAGUGUAUUUGAUCACGAAGAAUGAAACUAAGGAAGCUCUGACGUCACUAAAGUUUUAUCGUGGCACAUCUAAAACUACGACGGCAGUUUUGGAGGAAUUCGAGUAUUUGAGGACUCAAAGACAGGGUUAUACAAAAGUAAACAAGGAUGACAAUAUUAUCCUAGAACACAUUGGCUGUGAGAAAGAGAAAGAAGGCAGCGCCGAUGAUAUUUCUCCUUGGAAGAUACUGAGGACAUCGAAGCCGACCCAGCGAGCGAUCAUCACGCUGACUGCCCACGUCAUCAUCACAGCAUUUAUGGGAGGUAUGGCGGUGCAAGCGUAUGCCGUCCACUUCUUCCUGGCAGCAGCACCAGAUCUAUCCCCGCAUUUAUGUUCAGUCAUCUUGGCUGUGGCGAUCGUGAUCGGGAACAUUCUGGCAGUACUGUGCACGGAUUUGGUUGGGAGACGGUUGUUGCUAAUAUCUACUUGCGCCAUCUGUACUAUCUGCCUCGGCACACUGGUCGGCCUUCUGCGCUGGUCAGGCAGUCCAGCAUGGGCAGUUCCAUUGGUGAUGCAGCUGUAUUCCUGCGCCUUCCAGGCAGGAGUGAACAACGUGCCGUUGGUGCAGCUGUCAGAAUCUUUCUCGCCAAAGGUGAAGAGCUUAGCCUCCUCCAUCGUCAUGAGCAGCACUUGCUUCAGCAACUUCGCUUUGCUCUCAAUAUUCAGUCUUCUUGUGGACCACCUGGGUCUUGACGGAACAUUCCUGAUGUUCUGUGUCAUAUCUGCGGCAGCUACUGUGCUGACCUUCUUGACGGCGAAGGAAACCAAAGGGAUUAGGCUUGAAGAGAUACAGGGCAUGUACGAGAGGGGAUUUUUAUAUUAUAAAUAGUUGUAGAACCUAUUUAAUUUGUAUUAUAUCAGGAAUAUAGAUCAGUCUUAUUUAGAAAAGUGUGAAUUUCGAUCUGUCACAGAAGAAUUCAAAUAAUAUGAAGAGGAGAGUGAGAAUCAAUAAACACGUAAUAACAUUGUUAAAAUUGUACUGACUUAUGCCCAUAUUCACAAACGAUGCUUGCUUAAGUGAAGCAGCAAAUCGAACGUACCAAGUUGAUUAGAGCUCUGUGAUUGGUUCGUGUGUGACCCAGCGCGUCCACGCGCACUGUGAGACCUCAUAAUAACGUUUGUGAAUACGGGCGUGAAUCAAUAAACAAGUAUAACAUUCUGUUAAAAAUUGUACUGACUUAUAAGAGUCAAAAACAAUACAUUAGAUCAGAAGUAAUAAUGCUGUUAGACGUUAGUACCUAGGUACAUGGUACAAAAUAUCUUCUUGUAAGUAAAUGAGUAAGUGCUAACUUUAUUGACUACUUUAGAUUCUAAAACAAUAGAAUCAAUAUUUAAAUCAUGUUUUGUAAAUAAAGUUUUUUUUUUGUAUGAACCUAAGUUACAUAAUUUUGGUAUUACGUAAUUUGCAGGAUUUGUAAGUACGAGUAUACUACAGCCAAAUGCUUCUGAGUGAGUAUGCCAUUUUAAUAGGGUAGAUACAAGUUAUUUCCAUAGACUGCCUUUGAGGAACCGCUAGUCACUUCCAUACGUAAAAUCUCACCCAAAACCUCGGCUUUUGUUGUGUUACAUACACUACCGUCCGCCGUCGUUAGCUUCGUCAGCUGGCUUUGCCCAAUAGACUUGUCUCUUGCGAACACUUUGGAGCCUUGGUUCCGCUCUAUCGCCUCUUUAAUACUGAUAGUAUUAAAGUUGCGAAUAUCAUGUCGCAAGGACUUCCUUAACUGUCUACUGAGCGAGCUGUCUGUAUGCCGUAGCGUCGACGGACUGUUUUUAUUUAUCAAAAUAAAUGUUUCUAUUUUUCUACAAAACAUUACUUUUGUAUCAUUAGUAGUGACUUUUUUUUUUACUGAGUUCUCAUAAAUAUACAAAGUAAUACAAUAAGUAAGUA